AUGUCCAUACGCUCAAGAGGAUCUUCCAUAAGUCGAGAAGAAACGCAUGAAGCCGAGCCUCUUCUACAGGAUCACCGAUUGUCCAUCUCAUCCCGCUGCGAGGAUGAUCUUGCACUCCACCCAAAGGCCCCCCUCAAGACGGGGCGGCUAUCGAUAUUCGUUAUAUGCGUAUUGCUAGUCACAUUUGGUGAUUUUGCGGUUCUGUCGAUCAACAUACCGCUGACCAGACUGUACGAGAGCAUUAUCUGUUAUCAGUAUUAUGAAAAAAGUGAUCCCAGUCGCAUUGAUCCAGGAGGAAACGUGCCAGAACAGUGGUGCAAGAUCGCCCCGGUCCAGGGAGACGUCGCCUUGAUCCGGGGCUAUGAAGCUCUCUUCACCUACAUUCCCGGCGUCAUCUUAGCAAUUCCAUACGGUCUGCUGGCUGAUAAAUGGGGCCGAAAGCCCGUUGUUCUUCUCAGCGUGGGAGGGAUCUUGUUAUCUAUGAACGCUACGCUCCUCGUGUGUGCAUUCUGGAAAACCUUCCCCCUUCGUCUCGUGUGGCUAGCACCGGCAUUCAGCAUCAUUGGAGGUGGCAUUCCUGUCUUGUCUUCCAUGAUCCUAACCAUCAUCGCGGAUAUCAUGCCCGAGAAUGAACGAGCAACAGCCUUCUUCCGAAUAAUGACAGGCCAAUAUCUAGCCCAAACCACCGCCACACCCCUCUCGUCUACCCUAAUGGAAGCCUACGGACCAUGGCUACCAAUCCAACUAGGCUACAUCUGCGCAUGCAUCACAUUCCUCAUGGCCUGUCUACUCCGCGAAACUGCAAAUCCAAAUCCACACAACCAGCCCACCAACAACCCAGCAGACGAAGGCUCAGACUCAGACUCACCACCACCACCACCACCACUACCACUACCAAUAAUGACCGUCCCCCCCAAAUCAAAAUGCCUCCUCGCAAAAACCCCCCACCUCUACACCCAAACCACCACUCUUCUCCACCACAACCCCAAACUCCUCCUCCUAACCCUCACCUUCUUCAUCAACGCCCUCGAAGAACCCACCCAAAGCCUCAAUAUCCAAUACCUCUCUGAACGUUACACCCUCCCUCUCUCCCGUGCCAGCUUCAUCAUCUCCCUAAAAGCCCUCUCCACCAUCCUCGUCACCACCACGCUCCUCCCCUCCGCCUCCUGGAUCCUAACUCAACGCCUCAGCCUCCCGGAGGCCCGCAAGGACCUGCUCCUCGCCAGGAUCAGCAUCCUCAUGCUCUCCCUGGGCUUCUUCAUCGUCGCCUGGUCGCCUACCGUCGUCGGUGCGAUGGCCGGCUUCGUGAUAACGACUUUGGGGAAAGGGUAUGGGAAUCUAGUCCGCUCGUUGGUGACGGGUUUCGUGCCGGGGAGGCUCCUUGGACGGGUGUAUACGGGCAUUACGGUUGUGGAGACUUGUGGGAUUUUGGUUUCUGGGCCGUGGUUUGCGGAGCUGUUUCGGGUGGGUUUGAGGUUGGAGGGGUGGUGGUUGGGGUUGCCGUUUGUUGUUGCAGGGGGUUUGGGGGUGGCCGUUGCGGGUGUUGUUUGGGGGGUGGAUUUGGGGGAGGGUGGUAGGAGGGGGGAUAGUGAUGAAGAGGGUUGUUAG